CUAAAACAUAAUACAGUGCAAAAACAAACCAAACCAACCACCCACAGAUAACAGUACAUACAAGCAAGCGUCGUCAGGCAGGCCGGGUCAAUAUCAAUAGGGCAGGUAGGUACAGGGGGAGCAAGCGGAGAUUGGUCGGGGUCACAGGCCAGGUUCAGCAGGUAGCAAGCAGCGUGGUACAGAGGGUCAGGCAGAGGGAUGGUCAGGAGCGAGCUGGGAUCAGAGCAGGAGAAGUCAGCAGCGGUUCAGAUCAGCCAGGGUCAGCAAAGGAACAGAAACAGGAUGCAGGACAGAUACAGGGCCCAGGACAAACACAACACCAAGGCAGAGUCUGCAGGUCUGGCC